UGGGCUCGGUGCGGGGCGCGCCCACGCGGGCCGGCCGGCGCCCCCGCACGCGCCGCCGCCUCCAACGCCGCGCUCCUAGCCUCCUCGGCCGGCCCGGGGCCCGAGGGUUACGUAAGGAACCCGGGCGGGGAGCCGGGCCCGGAGGGCGGUGCCCGAGCGCGGCCGCCCAGCCCCUGGCGGCCCAGCCCCCGCCCGGUGGCCCGCCCGCGCCGAGCGGCGGCGGCGGCAGACGCGGCAGGCGAGCCGCGCAGCCCCGCGGAAUGGAGCGGCGCCGGGGCUGAGCCGGGCGCGCACGGGCGCCGCAUGUGCCGCGCGGGCAGCGGCUGCCGAUCGGGCGGACUGCGAGCGCCAGAGGCCCCGUCGAGAGCGGCCGGACAGAACAAGCGCCGGAGAUGGGAGAACAACCCAUCUUCACCACCCGGGCGCACGUCUUCCAGAUCGACCCCACUACCAAGAAGAACUGGGUGCCUGCGAGUAAGCAGGCGGUCACUGUCUCCUACUUCUAUGAUCUCACCAGGAGCAGCUACCGGAUCAUCAGCGUGGAUGGGGCCAAGGUGAUUAUCAACAGCACAAUCACACCCAACAUGACCUUCACCAAGACAUCGCAGAAGUUCGGGCAGUGGGCUGACAGCAGGGCCAACACCGUGUUCGGUUUGGGGUUUUCCUCCGAACAGCAGCUGACCAAGUUUGCAGAGAAAUUCCAGGAGGUGAGAGAAGCUGCCCGGAUGGCCAGAGACAAAUCCCAGGACAAGAUCGAGACCUCGAGCAGUCACUCCCAGGCGUCCAGUAUCAACGGGACGGACGAUGAGAAGGCCUCCCAUGCCGGGCCAGCUGACACGCACCUCAAGUCUGAGAAUGACAAGCUGAAGAUUGCGCUGACGCAGAGCGCUGCGAAUGUGAAGAAAUGGGAGAUGGAGCUGCAGACCCUGCGAGAGAGCAAUGCGCGGCUCAGCACGGCGCUGCAGGAGUCGGCGGCCAGCGUGGAGCAGUGGAAGCGACAGUUCUCCAUCUGCCGUGACGAGAAUGACCGGCUGCGCUGCAAGCUGGAAGAGCUGGAAGAACAGUGCGGUGAGAUCAACAGGGAACGGGAGAAGAAUAGCCAGCUGAAGAGCAGGAUUGAGGCGCUCGAGACGGAGCUCCGGGACAAGGAGACGGAGCUGCAAGACCUCCGAAAGCAAAGUGAAAUCAUCCCGCAGCUCAUGUCGGAGUGUGACUAUGUCUCCGAGAAGUUAGAGGCAGCCGAGAGAGACAAUCAGAACCUGGAAGACAAGGUGCGAUCCCUCAAGACAGACAUCGAAGAGAGCAAAUACCGACAGCGCCACCUGAAGGUGGAGCUAAAGAGUUUCCUGGAGGUGCUGGACGGCAAGAUCGAUGACCUGCAUGACUUCCGUCGAGGCCUGUCCAAACUGGGCACAGACAACUAGGGCUGGGCCAUGCCCCCAGGUGUGUGGCUCUGUGCACCAGGCGCUAGGGGCUGCGUGUUGCACGCCGGCCGUGCUGUCCACUCCCUCCUCUGCAGACUAGAAAUCUCCUCUCGCUUCUCUGGCCUUGUGAGGUUGUGGACUGCUGGAAGAUUCUGACUCAGGAACCAGAACUAGGUCUACCUUACAUGUUCACGCAGUCAGGGCAGGGCGUUUCUCUUUCCCUAAGGGCUGUCGCAACUGUACGAACCAAACCCCAUGUUCCCUAAUCCCUGCCGCCGCGAUGGCCCCGGCACCAGGCCCAUUGGCGUUGCUUUUCUUGAAUAGCGUUCAGAGAGAGUAGAGUUGUCCCCCAGGAGCCCCCAGGGCCUGGAGAAGACAACUUUGUCGCAGACAGGACCAGAGCAAGAAUGCAGGGUUCUGGCAGGUGCGUAUUUGGGCAUGGGAGUCGCCUGCGUCCCCUCUCCCCCAACCCUCAACCCCCCUUCCUGCCCUCCCCACCCAGUUUGGAGGAUUGCAAUGAUCGGUGUUCUUUCUGUUGGUUUUACUUCUGAGCGGUUGCUUGUGCUGUGUGGCCAGCACACAGUGAGGCCCCUGGCCUCGAGCCUGGCCCACCGUAGGUGCUUAAUAAAUAUUUGUUCGAUGAAACAGAUAAGCAGAAUUUAGUGUUUUCAUCCAACCCCACCAGCAGAGGCCAAGUCGCUGCAGGGCAGGCCACUGGCUGAAUAGUUAUCCA